UAUGGGGCAGAUGGGGGUUCGAGGGUUCCUCGCCCCCCCGGGCCCGGGCUGUCUGGCCCUUUAAAUCCCAGAGCCAAAGUUUUUGGGGGAUAAGGGAGGGGAGGGGCCGGCGCCUUAACCCUCCCAGUCCCGCACUGGGCCAGACUGGGCGGCGGCUCCGAAUCCGGCUCUAUCCCCCCUCCCACCAUGCGCCCCUAACAAGGGGUGACCCCUCCCCCGCUUCUUGGACCAGCCCCCCGACCCUUGCCCCCGGACCCGGAGCCCCGCAGAAGGCCGCAGAACCAUGCCGGUCCUGAAGCAGCUGGGCCCGGCGCUGCCCAAGAAGCGGAUCGAGCGGGGGGCCAUCUCGGCCCCGCUGGGGGACUUUCGCCACACCAUGCACGUGGGCCGCGGCGGCGACGCUUUCGGGGACACCUCCUUCCUCAGCCGCCACGGGGGGCCCCCCUCGCCCGCCCCCUCCAACGGCCGGGGACCCCCGCAGCCCCCUCAGCCCCCACCGCCCCCGCCCCGCCCGGGGCUCCCGCCGCCCCGCAGCCCCGCCCCCGCCCACCCCGGGCCCGACCCCGACCCCGACCCCGACCCCGGGCCGCCCCCGGGGGACCCCGCCGAGCCCUUCCUGUCCUUCCAGCUGGACUUGGGGCCCUCCAUCCUGGACGAGGUGCUGGGAGUCAUGGAGCGGGGGGAGCGGGACCGGGCCGGGCCGGGGGCCCCCGAGGGCGGGGGGCUGCGGAGGGGACCCCGGCUGGGCUUCGGCUCCGAGGAGGAACUGGAUGACGUCAUCGGCCUGUAGCCCCCCCCCUCCCCAGGGCGAGAGACCCUCCCCCCUAUGGGGGCGACGGCCGCCUCCCUCCCCCCUCC